CGAGGCGGGAAGGCGAGGGGGCCGGAGGCCAGGGCCAUCUGUCCUGGCUGCCAGCCUCCCUCGGAGCCACUCGAAGGCGGGUCGCCUCCUCCUCCUCCAGUCCCAGGAGCAGCAGCCAGGGAGCAAAGAGCCCCCAGAGCCCGAGGGCGAUGGGCUCUGCUUCGGAAAGGGGCUCCAGUUGAGCAGCUUGUCUGGAGGAUGGCGGCCUUGGGGGCCCUGGGGCUCUGCUGGAGCUCCCUGCUGCUGCUGCUGCUGCUCAGCCUCGACGGGGUGCUGCUGGCGGAGGAGUCCAGCGCCGACGAAGGCGACCUCUACGCCGAGAACAUCUCCCGGAUCCUGGACAAGCUGCUCGACGGCUACGACAACCGGCUCCGGCCCGGCUUUGGCGGCAGAGGCAGCCCAGGAGCCGUGACAGAAGUCAAGACAGACAUCUACGUCACCAGUUUUGGCCCAGUGUCAGAUGUGGAAAUGGAAUAUACAAUGGAUGUUUUCUUUCGCCAAACAUGGAUUGAUGAGAGGCUGAAAUUUGGUGGGCCCACAGAAAUUCUGAGGUUGAACAAUUUAAUGGUCAGUAAAAUAUGGACACCAGACACCUUCUUUAGAAAUGGGAAGAAGUCAAUAGCUCACAAUAUGACAACUCCCAAUAAACUUUUCAGGAUAAUGCAAAAUGGCACCAUUCUCUAUACAAUGAGACUUACGAUUAAUGCUGACUGCCCAAUGCGUCUGGUAAACUUUCCUAUGGAUGGACAUGCUUGUCCAUUGAAGUUUGGGAGCUAUGCCUAUCCUAAAAGUGAGAUUAUUUAUACUUGGAAAAAAGGACCAUUAUAUUCAGUGGAAAUACCACAAGAAUCCUCCAGUCUUCUCCAGUAUGAUCUGAUAGGGCAAACAGUCUCUAGUGAAACAAUAAAGUCUAAUACAGGUGAAUAUUCACUUCAGGUGCUCUAUUUUCAUCUACAAAGGAAAAUAGGCUAUUAUCUCAUUCAGACAUACAUUCCAUGCACUAUGACUGUAAUCCUCUCUCAAGUUGUGUUUUGGAUCAACAAGGAAUCUGUUCCAGCAAGAACUGUGGCUGGGAUCACUACUGUUCUCACCAUGACUACACUGAGCAUCAGUGCCCGCCACUCUUUGCCCAAGGUGUCUUAUGCUACUGCCAUGGAUUGGUUCAUUGCUGUGUGCUUUGCCUUUGUCUUCUCUGCACUUAUCGAGUUUGCAGCUGUCAACUACUUUACCAAUCUUCAGACUCAGAGAGCAAUGAGGAAGGCAGCCAGGGCAGCCGCACUAGCAGCCGCCCUCUCAGCAGCUACUGUACCGGCGGAGGAUGAGAUAGUCUCGCACUCUGAUUCCAACUGCAAUCUGAAGAAGCGAAUGAACUCAAUGACAUCUCAAACAGAUCAGUCCCCUGAAACAAGUAUAUUAUCCAAUAGUGCAUCUCAAGGUCAACCAACAUCUAUUCCUUCACCACCACUGCCAUCUUCAGUGCCACCAAUUGGAGGCACAAGUAAAAUAGAUCAGUACUCCAGGAUCCUCUUUCCAGUGGCGUUCGCAGGAUUCAACCUAGUAUACUGGGUGGUUUACCUUUCGAAAGACACUAUGGAAUUUUUUGAACCUACGGCAAUGCAUCUUCGAAAUGACCAUCAGGCCAACUGAUGAGUACCAACUCAGGUUUGACACAGAACUGAAAGACUUGCUGAAUUAAGUGGCAAGGUCAAAGGACAAUUAUGAAACUCUAGUCACACUGAAUGUAAAAUGCUUCAGUGUUUUGAAGAUGCUACCUGACGACAUAAGGUUUGGCACUGAAAGACACAAUGUAUGCAUCUAUGGAAAGUGACUGUAAGAACAAGUUCUUCUGUUGAUUCACCUCUUGUUCUGGCCACUUCACUAAAUAGCUCAGGGCUAAGGCUUCAGGAUAAUUGUUCAGGGUUUUUUUAAAUGGUAGAAAUGUUCUCUACAAAAUAAUUUCCCUUAGCAAAUUGCACAGUUUUGUAGCACAAGUAUUACGCACCAGCAUCAGGAUUAAAGCCUGCUACUUAUACACUUUACAUUACCAGGACACCUGCAUUUAAGUGAUAUGCAACUUGAUUUUAUGAAUUCUUACUCAGAGGCAAAUCUAGUGAAUUCAUUGGGGCUUACACCUUGGUUAUUCUGUAUGGGACUGCAGCUUUGGUCUCAUUAAUCUAGGUAGGACAAAGGCAACUUUUUGUAGCAUGAGCGUUGUAUGGAAAUAUUCUAGGGACUAGUGCACUUUGUAAUGAAGCCUUUAUCCAGUAAAACAGACUCUUCAUAACCCCUUAACAUCUUUCACCCACCCAAACUUACUCACAAUUAAGGUGGGAAAAGUGUGGCCUUGCCCUAGCUUUAUUUCAUGCAUAACUGGGAAGCUACUCCACUCUGGUUACUAACAGUAUAUUCUUGUGCAUACAUACUACAAAAUAAGUUCCAGUAUAUUUAGCAGGGCUUUUACUACCUGCUAAGUAGGUAUAGAACUGUGUCCUGAACAGAGAAAUGAGGAGUAUCAGUUUAAGACAUUAGAUCUGGAUGAUGGUCAUGUGUUUAGAACUCCAAUAGUUGAAUACUGUAAUACUAUUCUAAAGGAGGAGACGGCGAUAUUCAGGCAUCACUGUGUUUAAACUUCAGUCCUCUCGAGCCACCUCCAAAUGAUUUUAAUGGGAUCUUCUUGUUACUGCUAAAACAUGUGUGUUUUUUUUGGGGGGGGGGUUGCCAUGCUUUACAGCAGUGCCUCACAAGCUGUCUGAUGUGGAGGACUGGCAGCCCCCCCCCCCAAUGCGCCUGGCUACCAUUCUUUUUUUUUUUUUAACUUUCUUGAAAACAUUUCAGGGGCCCACAACCAAUGGCUCAGAGACCAUGAGUAUCACUGUUUUGGCGAUGGGCUAAUCUAGAAGAAUGGUCCUCCUCUAAAGAGUAGUGAUAUCUGCCUCUUAGAGGAGUAGAGAUGUAGUAGCCCUAUUAUGUAGGGGAUGUGGUGGCUCUGCAGUUAAGACACUGACUCUGAGUACUGCAAGAUCUGCAGGUUGGCAGUUCAAGGCCCAAGUACCACUUGCUGGAGUGAGCUCCCAUCACUAUUCCCAGCUUCUGCCAACCAAGCCAUUUGAAAGCAUAUAAAUUUGCAAGUAGAUAAAUAGAUACCACUUUGGUGGGAAAGUAACAGCAUUCCAUGCAAUCAUGCUGGCAACAUAAUCACACAGUCAUCUUUGAUAACGCUGGCUCCCUUGGUUUAGAAACGGAGAUGAGCACUACCCCCUACAGUUGGACACAACUUGACAACAUGUCAAAGUGGAAACCCUUAUCUUCACUCCCUCUAGAGGUGUGAUUCCCUUGGUUUAUGAGGGGGCAAGAAGCCCUAACAAAUUUGGACCGGGGGGGGGGGGGGGUAAGAUCUUUUCUGUUGUUGCUUUGAGGACCACAGAAAGAGCCUUGGGGUAGCACAUACCACAAUAUUCUCUGUCCUGUUCUGAAGUAACUGCCUGUUGAUAUGCAACUUCAGGCAGAACUAGAAAUUAAACAGGCAGAACCAUGGUCCUGAUCUUGAAAUUUGUUAGAACAGCAAGAAUAUAGUACUAACAAAUAGUACUAGCAAAGGAUACCUCCUGUAGUUGCUGAUUCCAGGGACAGCCUGUGCAGGGAGGUGACUCCACUCUUGACUUUGUAGUUGUUCCUGCUAUAGAUAUUGCAGGUUGUAUAGGAGGUUGUAUUCUUCUCAACCUCUGUCAGGAGUCCAGCACCUGGGUAGCUUCUGAAGCAAUAUCAUGGAGCAGUUGCAGGAGAACUAGUGUAAAACUGAGGGUAGAUUCAAUGCCUUUGUGGCAGUGGAUUCACUAGCUGACCCCCCGCUGAUUCUAUGGGCAGAUUCACAAAAGUAUUCUGGUCUUUCAAAAGCAACACUUUGCUGUGCUCUGGGUAGCUUCCAAACACUCUUCAGUGCAAUACCAUAGAGAGGGACAUUGCAGUGAACCUAGGAUGGUGGCUAGUUCUGCGUUCUCCAGAAAUGAGGUGGAACUAGGGUUGCCAUAAUUCUCUACUAAAAACCGGGACAAAAUUUAGACCAAAAU